AGAGGAUGGACUGGGAAGCACGAGAGAAUGAAUACUCCGUAACACAGAGGAGCUCCUUUCUCCUGCCCUGCAGCCAGCCGAGGGUUAACAAAAUGAGCAGCUCUUGUGCAGGCAGAGUAUGUACUUGGCAGUGAGGGAUGGUCUGUGUUACAGUAUGUAAGAGAAGGAGCGGAGGUGCAUUCGAUUCCUUUCACCAGCUGGCAGGCUGAGCCUAAAUCUCAGGAUCCAGGGUCUGGUGACAGCCAAGGAUCCCCCUCCUCCCUGCCCCAAGCCUCAGUUCUUCCCCUGGAUGGGGACCCUCGCCGCUGCACAUGGUGGCAUUUGACUCCGGUAUGCUGCUGUGAGGAGUUUAUGUUGGUGGCUUCAACAGGACUUUUCCCCUGACUGUCUGAAUGAAUGAGUGCCUUUCAGAGCAGAGCCAGCUCCACGCCGCUCCCCGCUUGCUCGGUCUCUCCAGAAGAUGCACAGCUGAGUUUUCCAGCCCAGCUCCAGGAGACUUUUCCCUGAGGCAACCUUAGGCAAAGAGGAGAGAAAGCACUGGCAGUGGAAUGAAAAAAGCCAAACGCGAGCCCAGCCGUCGCCAGCAACCCCUCGCUCUGAUGCUAAGCUUGCUGCCCUGAGAGACCAGGCAGGGGAGAGAAGUUGUUUCUCAGAGAGAAAGGGGCCAGGGAAACAAAGAAAAACUUGAAACUAGCUUUGCUCGUGGCAUGUCCAGGGCCUGAAUCCCCUGCCCGUUAAAUGAAAGCACUUGAGGAGUCAAGUUUUCUGACUUGAGGGGAAAGGAAACAUGCUGAGCUGGGUAAGGGAGGAGAGGGGCAAGCUGUAGCUGUGCGGUGUGGUUUGCACUAAGGUCAGGCAGAGUCAGCCUGGGGGUGGGAGCGGAAGGAGAAAGGGGAUCUAAUGCCAGCUGCCAAUAUGACAGAGACCCUCCAGCUCCCGGCGCUGCAAGUCCCAGAGCAGCAGGUGGUGGAGUGCGGCCGUGCCUGGUCCAGUUCGUCCACCCCCACCCUGCGCCGGAGGCGCCUCAAGAUGAGGCGGAUGAAGAACGUGCAGGAGCAGAGCCUGGAGGCUGGCAGGUAUCAGGAUUCGCCCUCCCCCAGCAAAGAGUUUCUGCAGCUUCCCUCCAUCGAAAUCACCCCCUCGAGCGACGAGGACACCCCCUGGUCCAACUGCUCGACACCCAGCGCCUCCCCACGCCGCAAGCGCUUCCUGCUCCGGAAGUGGCUGCGCGUAAGAGAGAAGAAGGAAACCAGUGAGAGCAGCAGCCAGCAGAGCAGCCAGCAAAGCAGCCACGAUGACGACUCGUCCCGGUUCCUGAGUCCCCGCAUGCGUGACGAGAGCACUGCCAGUAACUCGAACCGCAGCACGCCUGCCUGCUCCCCCAUCCUGCGCAAACGCUCCCGGUCUCCGACACCACAGGACUCCCAAGGAGACGCCAUGGUGGAGAAAGGCUCAGACCACUCUUCAGACAAAUCCCCUUCUACGCCAGAGCAGGGUGUGCAGCGGAGCUGUUCCUCUCAGUCGGGUCGCAGCGGGGCCAAGAACUCCAAGAAAAGCCAGAGUUGGUAUAAUGUGUUGAGUCCAACGUAUAAACAGCGGAACGAAGACUUCAGGAAACUCUUCAAACAGCUUCCCGACACUGAGCGCCUCAUAGUCGAUUACUCGUGCGCGCUUCAAAGAGACAUUCUCCUGCAGGGCCGACUCUACCUCUCCGAAAACUGGAUCUGCUUCUACAGCAACAUCUUCCGCUGGGAAACACUGUUGACUGUCCGUUUGAAGGAUAUCUGUUCGAUGACCAAGGAAAAAACAGCACGGCUUAUUCCUAAUGCUAUCCAAGUUUGCACUGACACUGAAAAGCACUUUUUCACUUCCUUUGGUGCCCGAGACAGGACGUACAUGAUGAUGUUCAGACUCUGGCAGAACGCUCUCCUUGACAAGCCCCUGUGUCCGAAGGAGCUCUGGCACUUUGUCCACCAGUGUUACGGGAAUGAACUGGGGUUGACGAGCGACGAUGAAGACUACGUGCCUCCUGACGAUGAUUUCAACACGAUGGGUUACUGCGAGGAAAUCCCCGUAGAAGAGAAUGAGGUGAAUGACAGCUCCUCUAAAAGCAGCAUGGAGGCCAAGCCUGAUGCAAGUCCACAGCUGCCCAAGAAGUCUCUCACGUCUGGCACUGCCAGCACAUUGACGUCCACGGGAAGCAGUGACGCACCGGCCUCGUUUGACGGUGUGCUGCCUGAGGAGGAGGAGGAGGAGGCUGUGGCUGAGAGUCCCAUAGAGAAGGAGCUGGCCAUUGCCAACAUCAUAGGAGAGAAGAUCGAGAUCAUUGCCCCUGUGAACUCCCCCUCACUGGACUUCAAUGACAACGAGGACAUUCCAACCGAGCUCAGUGACUCGUCAGAGACUCACGAUGAAGGGGAGGUUCAGGCCUUCUAUGAUGAUUUGAACGGCCGGCAGUAUGUGAACGAUGUGUUCAACUUCAGUGUGGACAAACUCUAUGACCUACUCUUCACUGACUCCCAGUUCCAGAGGGACUUCAUGGAACAGCGUCGGUUUUCUGAAAUUCUCUUUCAUCCCUGGAAGAAGGAAGAAAAUGGCAAUCAGACCCGAGUGAUCCUGUACACCAUCACCCUCACCAACCCUCUGGCCCCCAAAACUGCCACUGUCACCGAGACUCAGACAAUGUACAAAGCUAGCCAAGAAAGCGAGUGCUAUGUGAUAGACGCAGAGGUGCUAACCCAUGAUGUCCCCUACCAUGAUUAUUUCUACACCAUUAACCGUUACACUUUGACUCGUGUCGCCAAAAACAAAAGCCGACUCAGGGUUUCCACAGAGCUACGUUACAGGAAGCAGCCGUGGGGGCUGGUGAAAUCUUUCAUCGAAAAAAACUUCUGGAGUGGCCUCGAAGACUAUUUCCGUCAUUUAGAGAGUGAGCUGACCAAAACCGAGAGCACGUACCUGGCCGAGCUCCAUCGACAAUCCCCCAAAGAGAAGGUGAAUAAGCAAUCUACAGUGCGCCGGCGGAAACGGCCCCAUGCUCACUUGCGGGUGCCACACCUGGAGGAAGUGCUGAGUCCCGUCACCACCCCCACCGACGAGGAGGUUGUACAUCGAAUCAAGCAUGUGGCAGGUUCCACUCAGACGCGGCACGUCCCGGAGGAGAGUCCCAGCGGCUUCCACCUGCAGAGUGUCUCCAAACUGCUGCUCAUUAUCAGCUGUGUUUUGGUGCUGUUGGUAAUUCUUAAUAUGAUGCUGUUCUACAAACUCUGGAUGUUGGAAUACACCACCCAGACCCUCACUGCAUGGCAAGGCCUGCGGCUACACGAAAGGUUACCCCAGUCCCAGACAGAGUGGGCCCAGUUACUAGAAUCGCAGCAGAAGUAUCACGACUCAGAGCUGCAGAAAUGGCGCGAGAUCAUCAAGUCCUCAGUGAUGCUUCUAGACCAGAUGAAGGAUUCACUAAUAAACCUUCAGAACGGCAUUGGCUCCCGUGACUAUGGGUCGGACCCAGAGGAGAAAAGGAAGCGCUUCCACUAACAGGCAGGAACACAGGAGGCCAGAGGAUUGUGUGCAAUAUGUGUAUAUAGAAUAUAUAAAUAUAUAUAUAUAAAUAUAUAUAUAUAUAUAUACAGAAUAUAAAUAUAUAUAUAUAUUAUAUACAGAUUUUAAGAGAAAAAAGCCUAUGUAUUGAGGAGGAGUGGGUGCCGACCUCCAACACUGGCUGAAAUGGAGUGUCUUUGGGGUAGAAUUGGGAUGUAGUGGGGGAGGGCUGUGCUCUCCCAGCACCUUGGUGCUGUCAGGGGGGAGACCGCAGCUUGCGCUCACCUAGGCCCUCGCACCUCUCUUCUGUAGAGUCCUGUCUAUUUGUCUGUCUGUUGUAUUUGUUCAUUUUAAAGGGAAGAAUUGGAGCAAAUGUCCCACUCAUCCCUGCGUGUGAGGGCGCCCGAAGGACCUGCAGGUAGAUAAAGGGGGCACUGUCAACUUCACCCUGUGCCACUGAGGACAGGGAGGCUUCACUACUGCCAUCAGUCCCUACUGCAUUCAGCUGCCUGUUAAUGAGGAGGGUUGUGCAAGGACUGAUCUUGCUCAAUAGAGAGUGGGGCUUGUUUGGAGCCAUCCCCAAGGACUCUGUGGCAGGGAAACCCUUCGGCUGCAGCCCAGUUUCACUCGGUGAAGCACGGAAACCUACCAAAUUGAAUCAGAUCCUUGUGAGAAUGCUCUGUGCUUCAUUAAUGGUAAAGGAAAUGAGGGUUGCUGUGGGCUGUUCAUUCAGACCUACCUGGGUGUCACUCUGCUUCCAUCAGCAGAGUUCAGCCAGCCAUGAACUGGGUUCUUUGCAGCGUGACAGUGUCCCCUUUACAUGCUCUGUAGUUAGCUCAGCCCUCCACGCACUUGAGUCCCCAUCAAUAAGCCAUCCCUAUGGUAAGCAACUGCAGCUGUGCUGAAAGGGCUAUAUCUGUGCUGCUCUCCCCAGUGGGGAGAGCAGUUGAUUUAAAUGGACCCCACUUGGGAAAGCACCCUGGUAUUUAUUUUUGUUAUUCGCUUUCCAAUCCUUCUUCUGCCAAAAAAGAAAACCAUGGGCUGUAUCUUGGGACCAAGCGCUGGUGCUUAGCAAGGGUCCUGGAACUCAUACUCCUUGGCACUGACACCUCCCUCCCCACCCUGCCCUAGGAGGGAACGAGGGCAUUCUGCAUGCACCUGCAUACACUGGCUUCAUCUCACCUUCGAUGGCCACUUGUAUGCAGAGGGAGCAGCUUUCCUUAAAAAAAUAAAAAAAUAAAUAAAAAUUAAGGAAGCCUUGAUUGCAAUAAACCAGACAGCUGUUUCUGGCCCAGGGACCUACCCACCCUUCCAUUGCAUGGCCGACACUUGGAGAGGGUCGGAACGGGGAUGGGGACCUGUCAUUAUAUAAAGAGGGCUCUUAAUGAGGAAGAAGUUUUGGGGAGUUGAAAGGCUGUGCCCUUAGCGUGAGAUGAAGUGGGUCUGAAGCAGGGCAGCUACAGGAGGGUCCACGGAGCAGGCUUAGACGCUUACAAUUAUGCGUGAAUGUUACAUUUUAUUUAUUUUUGAAGUUCAUUUCAAAUGCUGAAAUGUUUGGCUUGCGAAUCUGAAGCCAAUAUUGACCAGGGGAAGAAACCAGAGGACUGUGCUGAAUGCGGACUGUGUUUUAGUGGGGCGGCUGUCUGCUCUGGUGACUAAUGCACGGUUUCCUGUCUUGCCGACCAGGUGGAUUAGCUGGUCUGUGAAGCGCGCUAGCUCCACCUUGUCUGACACUGGAAGAAUAUCCUGACUUCUUCACCGAGGUGGGAGCACCUGGCCCAUCACCCCAGUUAGGGACAGUUUAGUGGACCGGCUGAGGUAGCCAGUCUGCUCCGGCAUGCGCUGAGAGAGCAGGGAAUGAGCGCUGGUGGGUCACUGGGCUUCCCUGCGGCAUGUGGACCUGCCCUCCACAGUUGGUGAACCUGGGAGGAGCGUAUGGGACUAAGCUAUUUCCCCACAGCUUUGUAGUCUAGGUUGGUCGGAGGCUUUUAGUGUCUUUUGUGACCUACGACUCUGUGAACAAACUUUAACUGUGAAAUUUCUCAUAAGCAAAGAGGAGGUCAGGGUGUCAAAAGGGGGUGAGGAGAGCAAGAACAGGACAGACAUGUGCCUGGGCACCAAGGGAUUGCUAUAACUUAUUGUAUUUAUGAUUAUUUAUUUAACUUAAUGCUGCUCACUACUGUACAACUCCCUAGCAUUUCCCUUAGGAGCCAGAAACUGCUGGUGCCGUGCUUAGUGUAGAGCAAUACAGAGCCCUAGGACGUGUGGCAGAAAGAAAGCAAAGGUGGGGCAGGUGCUGCUGAGGAGGGUGGCCUGUGCUAAGGGCAGAAGGGCCGAGCUCACCAGAGGAGACAGCACCCUGGUUGAGAAGGGGCUGCUUUCCCCUAUUGCUCUGUGUUUGGUUUUCUUCCGCAAAUUCCCUGCCUCUGGUUCCUUCUUCCCUUGAGUUUAAUCAGGAGGACAGCGGGGAGCUGGGUGGUUGCUGCCCUAGCUGUGCCAGGGGAAACCCUGCUUCCUGCAAGUACAGGUGGCAUCUCAGCCCCUGUAAGUGAGUGUGCAGACCUGCCAAGAGGUGCUGAAACCUGUCCAUCUGCUCAGGCCACAAAUAAUCAUAAUUUGGGGGCUGGACCCAAUGAUCUCACAAGGUCCCUUCCAGCCCUUAACUUCUGUGAAUCUGUCCUAAUCUCUCAGUCCUAAUCUCCAGCCAGGUAGAGGGAAAAGACCGAUUUGCCCUACUCACUUGGUCAGAAGCACAGCUUUGGGGGUUCGUUUAAUCUAGUUCUACAUCCCAAACACCGCAGUUUUCUCCAAGGAGACUGGUUCUGUAGGCCGGUAGAUCAGGGAGUCUGGUCUACAUGCAGAUUUGCACAGCUUUAGAUAAACUGGUGCAUCCUCUCAUGAAGCAGUUUACAUGUGGUUAAUUUAACUAGAGCCAGCAAAUUCAUAGGUGGAAGCUUAAUUACUACAGACUAGGCUUAAACUGAUAUCGGAGUCUCCACGCAUAUGAUUAUCCCAGUUAAAACAAGUCAAACCCGUAGUAAAGCAAAAACAAGCCCUCAGGGUCAGGAGCUGAUCCUGUUCCUCAGCGUUGGUGUUUGCCUUUCUCUGAUGCUUAGUUAUAUAAUAAGUCUCAUGGCUCACCAAAAAUAAUUCUCCCUGCCUCUCAGCAGGCAGUGCGUUGUUACACUUUGUCUUUUAGGUCAGUGCUAAGUUUCAGGCAUUUUUUUGCUGUUUUUUUUUUGAGGCCCACCCUCACCUCCUCCACUCUACACAGGCCCCCGUCAGGGGUUUUCUUGCCCUUUGGGAUCCUUUGAAAAGUCCAGGCUGCGAUGUUUAUGGUUCAAUGCCUUUGAUAAUCCAGCAGCUCUACUGGUAAAACAGGGACUGACUUGAAGGGUGUAAUCAGGAAGGGAGAGCUCUGCUGCCUUUGCAGCAUUGCAAGCCUGGAUGAAGUGAAGGUUAGUGUUCACCCAUCCCAAGGUCUUCAGCAGGCACAUGCUUUGCAAAUGUCUUGCCAUAUUUAUUUCUCUGCUGACCAGGUCAUGGUGAUGCUCUGCGCUACCCCUGAAAACCCUGGCCCUUCUGCUGUUGAUGACAGCUCGGUUUCACAGGCAGAAUGCUUUGUUUUUCAUGUUCAGCGUCUACUGCAGAAAGGGUUUCUCUUCCCACUCCAACUAAUGCACUAGCCAAAUGCAAUUAAUGUAAACUAAUGCCAGCAGCUAAUGGCCUAAGUAGUACUGCGUAAGAUGCUGCACACAGGGAGGGACGCUUAUAUACGUGACAGUGGCGCUUGGCACUAACCCUUCCAUAUGUGGAAAAAUGGACUUUUUUUGGUAAGCCCAGGUUUCAGAUUUGAAGGUAUAAAUUAGGUAUCUAUGUUCUGCCUGCACUGAAGAAACGGGCCACAGCUGUGGAGAAGUGAGCCCUGCACUGUGUGGGUGUCAGGUUUGUAGCCAAGUUAAGCAUGCAUGCAGCAUUGGUGUUGGACACAGGAGGGGUCCAACAGGCUUACGCUCAUUUUAAGCAGCAUGUUUUCAAGUUUGUCUGAGACUUGGGCACAGCUGGGCAUGCUGAAUUCCUACUGGAAGAGAAGAGUGCACAAAGCAGUGGGUACAAUCAGCCAGCAUACAGCUUAUAGGGCAACCACACUUUUAGUAAGUUCUUUUAACCUUUAGAGGUAAUACAGGGCCAGCAUUAUCCAGAGCCUGCUCUGACAUGCCCGAGCCACUGCCCAAUGCAAUUAAUAAAUCAUUGGAUUAAAAAAAAAGGGCAGACGACAGUAAGGCUUCAGACUAGAACCCAGGCCCUUGUUCCCUUUCAGGCUAAAAGCUACUUUUGCUAAGCCUCACACCCUCUGCCUUCUCCCUUUCUCCUGACCUCACAUAUCUCCAUUUCUUGGCCUCCCAAAGGACAAGUUUCAAAAAGCACAUUGACUUUCCAGUCAAAUGCUGCAACUACACCAAAGGUCGGGCAUUAAUCAGCUAACUCUUCAGAGUAACAAAUGGUCAAACCCACUCUGGGUAAGGGGACCCCAUAACUCUGCCUCCCUGGCACAUGCACCAACCACUCAGUUCUAAGACAUGAGAGAGUCCUCUUCCUCCUCCAUUUAACACCCACUAAUCAUGGAUUUCUGGCUGCCUACAUUUUCUGAACUUAAGACGCAGGUCCAGGUCCAGAAUAGGUAUUUGUACAUGUCCAGGUAUGUAUCUGGUCAAUGCGCAGCCUCCUGCAUGCACAUUUCUACAUCCACACCACAGGGGUAAUAGAAUCGUUUGGGCAUAAGUACCAUUUUUUAUACUUGCACAAUUAAAAAGCUGCUAUUUAGAUGCAUAAAGGACACUAUAUCUCCACCCUUAGCACAUGUGGAUAUCUUGAUUUUGGACUGUAUUUGUUAAUGAUAAUGUUAAUAGCUAAACCCACAAUCAGCACCCCAUGUUUGCCACUGGUAAAACUGCACUGCAGUUUAACUACCCCGUCGCACUUGGAGCUGAUUAUCCAUCUCUCUACGUCUCCUUUCUGCCAGGGGAUCUUGGAGAUGUGCAUCACUUCUCCAUUAGCAUUUAGGCUCAUGCAUGUCUGAGGCUUAUUGCUUCUUGUAGAGGUUAAAGGAAGAGGUGGGGUUUUGCUGCUUUGAAUUUCCUAGUCUGAGAGCUGCUCUCCCGCAAUAUUGCUGCUGCCAUUAAAUGAAGUGAUUUUUUCCACCUCAGUAAAAACAUCAGUGAUAUGGGGCCUAAUUGCUCUCUUAUGUAGAGCCAUGCAGUUGUAUAAGCCGCAAAGUACAGCUCUUUUGCCAAACCAUAGCACGCAAGUGUGUGUGGGGGGGGGGGGGAUGUGGAGGAGGGAGCUCUUUUGUCACAAAAGGAGGGCUGCAGUAGAGACCUAGACCUCAGCUAACCUCCACAAGACAUUUUGCAAAGGCUCUGCUCUGACUUCUAUGCAUGUAAACAAGGUCCUGCUAGUCAUUAGUUAUGAAGGAGCUGAAUAUAGUGUUAGAAGAUUGCCUACCUACCUGGACACCUUUCUGAAUGGCUGGAAGGUGUGGAGCUGGGCAGAAAGUCUCAUAAGAAGUGCCUCUCGCGAGGUGCACGGACUCUUCUGUCUCCAGUGGUGGGUACAGCAUGGGUGCAUGACAAACAGCAGAAAUGGCUGGUUUGGCUUGAACUUGAUCCUGUACCCAAACGGGAAAGAGGCAAAUAUGUGGAAAAACUAAAGUUGAAGCUUUGAGUGACACAAGGUAGAACUAUAAACAGGGAGUGUUACCUUGUCCUGUGCUCUCCUGCUGCCUGGCUUCUCCAGACAGCUGCUUUGCACAUGUCUUUUGAUGUUGAAGAAUGGCAGGAGAGAUUGCAGGGCACAACGACAACAACCUUCAAUUGGGAGCAUGCUGAGCAGUGGAGGAGUAGAAAAUGGGGGGUCCUGGGAACCUGUGAGCAGAGGACUUGUGGCACGUGGCCUGACUUUGUUCCCCUCCACAGUAGCUUUGUAUUUUAGGGCUUGACCUUUCCUCACCUUUUCUGUAGCUAGGGGUGCCCGAAUGGAGAGUCGGAGUGGGACACGCGGUGGCUUUCCCAUCAUUCGGCACUAGAGAGAGGAACUGGAGGAGAGCUCUCCACUCCAAAUCCAGCCCAAAGCUAAAAUGGCCAGUGUUUCUGUUGUCAAACAACCUGCGAAACAGAGGUUAGUGUCGAACAACUCAACGUGCCUUGUCUCCUCCCCUCCCCUUUCUGCCUGCCAAACGGUAGCGUAGGGUCUCCCAGCCCCACUGGAUGGAGUGGGUCACCUCAGGUUGGUUUGUUCUCUCCUCCCCCAGUGUCUUUCCAGGGAUUCCCUACCCUUAAGGCUUGUUUGCAUGGGGACACGUGGGAAAGUGAAGGUGCAUCAACUAAAGAUAAACGCACUUAAGUCAGGGCACAUUAAACCUUCACGAGGACGCUUCCAUUUCAAAGGCAAGUGGCUUCACUAGCCUUUUGAUCCACAAUUAUCCAAGGGCUUGUCUAUGGGGGAUGUGCCUGUGCAGUCAGGGAGGGGUUGUAUUUACAGCGCACUACCUACUUUCGGCUCGCUUUUUGUGUAGAGACUCUUAAGGCACAGUAAAUGCAAAGGUAACCAACUCCACUUUCAGAGCAGGGCGAAUGCAGUGCACAUUCACGCCCUGGCUUACUUCCCCCUGUAGACAAGCCCUAAGCUAACUGCGCUAGGGUCACAUCGCUCCUGAAUGAGAUAAAUCCACACAAGUGUCUAACAAGCCUUACACCAUAAAUCCCUCAAAACAGGCAGGCUUUCUCCCCUGCACCACCAGGCUGACCUGCAUAUUUCUCAAGUGACGUCCCAGACAGGGUAUAGACCCACCCCGGGUAGCUUGUACUACAUCUUACAUCUAAGGGCACGUGGUUCUGGGUAGUUAGGCAAGUUCCCCAACAGGUGACAGAAAAAGAGCACAGCCAAUACAGUACUUAAGGCCCGAGCUGCAGGUCUCAAUAUCCAAAGGCUUCAAUUGCUGCCACUGGAGGAAGAGAGGCCUGGCUUGUCGUGGUCAACAAAUCCACUGCACCAAACUGGGCCAUUACUGUUGAAGCCUGUCGUCUCUGCCAGGGCUGCUUCGUCAAGCCCCAUUUGUAGCCUGCCUUUAGAGUGUGUUGUGCCUCCUGGGAAGCCACCUGAAGGGCUAGUUCUGGUGGGGUCCUUGCAAGGCUGAGAUGCUGCCAUUCGGGGGCUGCUUAUUGUGACGGAGCCUGGUUUGAGGUUGGAGAAGCAGGAGGGCAUGAACUGUAGAACCACCUGCAUGUUCUUUUGUUAAGCACCGCUCUGGCUGGGAACUAGGAGACCAAAGCAUCUGAAACAGCUGGUUUGAGAAACAAUCACACGGAAGUUGUUUGAGUGAACCGUGCUCAAGGUUCACGCUCCCUUCCUUGUGGUCAGCUGCUGCUCCGUGCUUGCUCUCUCUCCCCCCUCUGCACGCAAACCCGUUUGUGCCAUAACACUGAUUUUCUAGAUGUGCAAACCAGCCAAAAAAGGAGUGCUGUUCUCUUCCUCUCUUGCUCAGCCCCCCAGCUGGUUUUUCCUUUCACAAGGCAGAGAGCGCAGGCAUGACUCUUAGCACCGCUCAUGCAGGAGAAUAUGGUCUUUCCCAACAUGUAUUGCAGCUACAAGGCUUGCCUGGCUCCACCUCCUCCCUUCCCACCUUUGCUGCUGGACAAUCACCCCCUUUUUUCUCCAGAUCACCCUCACCCCAGAUGGACAGACCCGGUGCUGUCUUCGGUUUGCCUUUCCUUGCAGCAGUUUGUGCCCUGCUACUCAGUGAAUGUGUUCCGGUUUGGUUUGGAAAAGGACUUCCUUCUGCAGAGGGAACUCUAUUUGCACAUGGCUCAGGGAGGCUUCUCCUCUGACCGUCUCUGUUACCUCACUCAUUUUGGCCAAUGUUACUGCUCACAUUAAGCAGCCGCCUUCCCCACCCUCACCAGGAGAGGCUCGAGAGCUGAGCUGCAUUGCUGUAGCUCCAGUCUCAGUCCAUACUGUCCUCUGCGGCACCAGGUCUGAGCUGCUAAGCAGCAGCAGCUCUGCGUUGUUCAUCUGCUUUGCUGGCUAACCCACCUUCCCCUGUAAAGGGUACUUAACAGAACAAACAUGGAAGCACUUACCCACACUCUUGGUCCAGUGCAGUUGGAAGGGAGGGCUGAGCAAACUUAACCUCACCGCUGUGAGCAGAUGCUGCCUGCCCUGAGCCUGAUACAGUAUUGUGACCGCACGUUUGGGGUGUUACCAGCAGUUUGCUUUGCAUUAUUUUCACCAGCUCACCAAGUGCUCCAGGGCUGGAUAAAGCUGCUGCGUUCCUGAAAUAGCUCUUUUCCCCCAGUCGUGGGCUGGGUUCCUGCAACCCUGACUGCUGCAAACCAUCCCCGGUUAGUAAGGAUGGAUUUAUUUCAACAGGAGGGGGUUGUGUGGUCAGCCCCAAGGAAUGCCCAACCCUUCUGACUUGUAACACCACAUGGUGGGAAAGGAGGGACGACAGGCCAAGGACCUACAUCCGCCUGGUUUAGAGCGGACAUGGGUUGUAGUAGUAAGACAGACUCUGGGGCUGGGCCACGUGCACAAUGAACACCAGUUGUGUUUUCGGGGUUGUCUGGCUCUCUGUGUUUGGCUCUGUAACUAUAAUAAACUUUGCGCUGUGCGCAAGGUGCGAUAAGCCCGAUAAUGAAACUUACCUGCUAGAUCCUAGGAGUUAUAAAGGCUACACGGCCAAAUCUUACUGUAAAGUAGCUAGUACAAAACGGAAGUACAGUAUGAAUAAAAAAGUAUUGAACAAAUGA